UAUCGGGCCUACUGGGACACCCGCAUGGCCGAGCCGUCGGUGCGCAUCAUUGGGAUGGCUCCCCUCAAUCGCACAGGGCCGCUGGCGGCUCUUGAUAACCUCAAGUGCCGGCUGAAGAUGGCUGCUGGUAAGGGGGAGGAGGGGCAGACGAUCGUCGACGCGGCAGCGGUGACAGAGCGGCUGCCUGAGCACCACAACAAGACCUAUGCGGCGCAUUUCUUCUUCUGUGGUGGCUCGCCCGCUGUGAGGGCUCCUACUGAAGUGGAGCUCUUCUUUGACGUUCCGUCUGCGAGCCGUAUUGAGAUGCCCGUCAGGUGAGAAUGACGUCAUAUGACCACGUAGGUCGGCCCUUAUUUGUGUUGUUUUCUGCUUGCUGCAGGAUUCUCUCACCAUCGAGUGGAUCGCCAGAUUCGUUACUGCGGGAGCUCUCUGUGUGUGUGCGUCCCUGGUGGGGCGUGCCCAAGACACUCACACGCCAUCCACCAGGCACCGGCGAGACCCCCAAUGCAUCGGCGUCAGCAAUGGAGGUCUACGAUGACGCAGACGCGCUGACUGAGUUCGUUGAGCUGUGGCGACUGCUGGGGGCGCGGUUCUUCACCUUCUAUGAGAGUGUGGUGCCUGUGAGUGGUGCUGAGGUGCGGCUGCUGGAGCACUAUGUGCGGGAGGGGCUGCUUGAGGUGGUGCCCUAUCGGCUGCCGAGUGCGGUGCGGCCCUUCCAUGAUGUGUGGGACUUUGCGCAGAAUGCCCUCGUCCAGGACUGCUACCUCAGGCGAAUGGACAGCAGGUCGGCGACAUGAGAAGGCCAUGUGUGGCCAACUGCACAGCUGCCUGUGUGUGCACGUCGUCAGAUACCUAGCUCUGGUGGACACAGACGAGUUCAUUCUGCCCACAGAUAAUGCGACAGUGUCGCCCGGCCUCCCCCCUCCCCUCCCUGCCCUCAUGGACUCCAUCCGUGCCCAAGAGGUCAAGGCAGGCAAUGGCGCCGUCGGCGCAUUCCGCUUCUACACCUAUUUCUUCUUCACCGAAUGGCCGACCGACGGGCCGUCUUCGCAGCUCGCCACCCAGAGGUUCACCCGCCGCACUGAGCACGCCGGGCUGAUUGGCAAGCCCAAGAGCCGCACCAAGUGCAUCAUCAUGCCCAGAUGGGUCGCCAGCAUGGUCAGUGGGCUGCGACAGAUGGAGAGACUAUAGGGGAGAGGCCAUCCAUCGUGUCUGUGUGUGGUGUGUGGUAUGGGUGCAGGGUAUUCACAAUCCGCAGAAGAUGCUGGGGAGGCGGCGGAGCAUGAUGAUGCCGCCCACUGUGGCCAAGCUGCACCACUACCGCAGUGCCCUCGGGGCCGUCAACAACAACCCUAUGAAGACCGACUUCACCGUGAACCACCACUGACCCACUCACCCUCUUUGCACCGAUGGAUGUGUGUGUGUGUGUGUGUGUCAGGAUCUGUUUGAGGCCCCGCCUGUCAUCGACAGCCAGGCGCUAAAGUAUGGCCGGGCACUGCAGGAGGCCGUGAGACUGACGAAGAGGGCAAUGGGUGGGAGUGGGAUGGGAUAGCGACAGAUGAGUGUUUGGAGGAUCUGUUGCGGCCUUGUUGCCCUCUCGCUGAGUCAUGUGGAUAUCUCUGUGCGUAUGUAUGUGUGUGUGCAUAUGGGAGGAUGUGCUGUGCUGUGAUGCACACGUGCCACUGUGUCGAUAUCGUGAUGAAUGUAUGACCCUCGAGGACUCUUUCUUUGGUGCUGGCCACUCCAAAGACCAGUGAAUUCCUUAGUUGCGGCUUCUGGUCACUGCUUCGUUGCGUUGAAGAUGUCUGUCGGUGUGCCCGUACCUGUGUCUUUCUCUGCGUCUCUCUCCCGCUCUGCCUCCUACUGGUUUGGAUGGCUGCCAGUGUAGCUCUCGGAUGUGAAGGCCACACAGACUGACCAGCCCUGGCUGCCUUAGUUAUAUUUGUGGCGACUUAAAAUCCUACCGCACUCUGUCUGUCUGUCUGGUGCGAUAGCCCGGCUGUGGUCUGCCCGUCUCUCUCCGUGUGGUUUGUUGCCAUGCAUUCGCAUCGACGGCAUCGCUCUGCUGUUGGCCUCCGUGCCCCCUGCACAUGAGGCAGGCAGCAGAGCGACGCCAGCGAGUGGAUGUGUGGUGACACACCACAUGGGACGGGGGACGUCCCACACGCAGCACAUAUUCAUCUGCAGACCAGCUGGGCCGCCCA